GUCUGGCUUGUGCACUAGUGGGAGGAGACAUUCUUUUUUCCUACUUUCCUGCUGCUUCUAGUUUAGCUGUAAUUAUAUCACAGCUCACUGGCAAUCUCUCAUACUAUGCCGGCUUAAGAUUUCUCCAAGAACUUUUGGGUUCAGUUCCGCUACUACACAUUGAUGAUGUUUGUGAAUGGAAAAAGAGUCGUUGAGAGGUAGAUUCUUAUGCUCUGCCGUGGAUCCAACUAUACAAGAGAUAGCAAAUUACUACCAAGAAAACUAUCCCCAACUCAAGAUAACGCCAGAGCUUGUGGGAGGACCGAUGAGAGGAAGCAGCUGUGAUUCUGUGAAGCUGAUGGAAAUGGGUUUUCAGUAUAAAUAUGAUAUGAAGAAGAUAUUGGAUGAUAGUGUGGAUUCUGGUUUCCGACUAGGAGCUCUCCCGCUUAACUAAAUCAAUUGGUGACCUAUAUUAAUAUAUAGUUCAAA